CACUAGACUAUCGGGAUGGACGACGAACCCUCGGCAGUUCUUUGAGCAAAAGAUUUGGGACACCCACUCGGUGUCGUGCCCUUGUUAGGCUCUGCGCUCGUUAGAGCUGAUAAUAAAUAAUGAAUUUGCAGUUGGAAGCCGGAUGAGUGUGUUGGGAAAGGAGUUAGAGGGUCUGUAAGACUGGGGGAUGUGUGAAUGGGCGUGGUGAGGGUGUUGGGGAGCCCCUUUUGAGGAAGUGACGCUCCAAACCGAGACCCAAGGGGAUGAGCAGAUGGAAUCCAGGUGGGGCCGGAGUAUUCCAGGCUCAAGGGCCAGCAUAGGAGACGCCCCAAGGAGUGGAGAGAGCUGAUGGAAAGGUCCGGAAAAGGCUGUCGGGAUCUGAAUUCUGGGAAGGACAAUGUAGAGAGGUUUGCUGGGUGCCGGAACAUGGAGGGGGGCUUAUGAGGAGUGCGAUGGACUCCAGUUUCUCUCAAGUGCAGUAGCGCCACCAGUAACCUGUUUUCCACGGUUAUACUUCAUCCUGCCAUUCUUUUGGACGCUUUCUCAUGGAGUUCCCUGAUUUGGGGAAGCACUGUUCAGAAAAAACUUGCAAGCUGCUAGAUUUUCUUCCAUUAAAAUGUGAUGCAUGUAAGCAAGAUUUCUGUAAAGAUCAUUUAACCUGUGCUGCACACAAGUGUCCUUUUGCAUUCAAGAAGGAUGUUCAGGUCCCAGUAUGCCCACUUUGUAACAAUCCAAUCCCAAUAAAAAAGGGGGAGAUACCAGAUGUGGUGGUUGGUGAGCACAUGGACAGAGAUUGUAAAUAUCCUGGGAAGAGAGAAAAGAUUUUCACAUACCAGUGCUCAAAGGAGGGCUGCAAGAAGAGAGAGAUGCUGCAGGUGGCUUGUGACCAGUGUCAUGGCAAUUUCUGCAUUCAGCACAGACACCCUCUGGAUCACAGCUGCAGGCGAGGGCUCGGCCCCAUGGAUGUGGCCGGGUGAGAAGAGCCUCUGGCUGCUCAGCGUGGGGCAGCAACGGCAGAACCAGCUUAAACCCCAAGGUGGGGCUGGAACGACUGAGCAUUGUUCCGUGCAAAGUCAUUGAUGUCAAAUACUCGUAGGAGUUUGGAUGAAUAUACUCUAAAUUAAAAUUGGAUUCUAAAUUAAA